GAUGACGAAUUUCCCCACGAAUCAUUAUCGCUCAAUUCUGCAAGUGAUUCUAAUUUACUAUCGCUGUUCUCUAGCUGGUCUAAAACCGCUUUUGACCUAAAGGGACGCUUUUUGGACGCCAUGGACGUUCUCAAGUUUCCAGGCAGAAAGAACAGUAAAAGUGCAGGCAGGGCACAAGACAAAGCACUCGGGACAAAACUUAGGUGAAAUGGUUUAAUACAGUAAUGUAAUACUAAUAGAUUACAAUGUAUUGUGUCAAAAAUGACAUUUUUUAAAAAAAUUCAAAUCUCCCGCCGGUUCCGGCGCCCGUACGUCCUGACGUCACAGGGACCGGAACACAAAAGCCAGAAGCCAGAUGCCGGCAUCAGCCGGAGGAGAUGGCCGGGGAUGCUGGAGGGGACACA